UCAGCUAUUAGCUAUUAAACAAAGGAACUCACAAUGAAUAUAGAAUUUGAUCACGAUUCUGACUGCGAAAGCGACAAAGAUUUUUGCCUUGAUGGCGAGAAUCUGGGCCUGGGCACCAGCGAGGAAAGUGUCAGUGAGGAUUCCGAUAAAGAGUCGAAGACAAAUGUUUAUCUUAAUAUUAAGAAGAAUUCGGUGGAUGUAAAAAAAAAAGACUUGUGCAGGACCCGGCAGUCUGACUGCAUUAAGAACUACCGCUUGACUACGGAUAAAGAUACGCUGCCGUCUGACGAGGAGACUGAAAAAUCGCGUUCGGAAACUCUGUGGGCUGAUUUCCUUAGCGACGUUGGUUCUGAGAGUCAAAACAACCAGGAAACCGUUCAUAAGCCAAACAUCGCGGUGGAUAAAAAUGCCGGAAUAUGUCUUAAAAAUCUGAUGGAUGUACAAAAAACUAAAAACUUUACCAUUGCAAAGAAAAAUAGUUCUUUACCUGGUUCAAAAUCAAGGCUCGAGGCAUUGAAACGACCGUUACAUCAGAGUGGUGCCGGCUCUCUUAUAGAUAAACUGGAAAAAAAAAGAAAAUUCUCAGUGCUGGAAAAGUCUCAAAUGGAUUGGAAAAACUUUAAAAGAGACGAAGGCAUAGACGAGCAGUUGCGUACACAUAACAAAGGCAAAGACGGAUAUUUGGAGCGUCAGGAAUUUUUGCAGAGAACAGAUUUUCGUCAGUUUGAAAUUGAGAAGAAAUUGCGGCAAUCCCGUCGGCCAAAUUGAUACAAAAAUGAAUUGUGCAGCCAUCUUCUUUAUAUUAACUCAUUCCCCUUAUGGUUUAAAUUUGGUAUUUAAUAAUAAUUAUAAUUAUUUAAUUAAAACUUAUUUUAGUCACAGCAGCAAGGAUAUAUCAACUUCGGCUUGCAGAAAAUUCCUUUAUAUUUUGUUUUUGGAGUGACUUUGGAUUGCAACAAAAAUAUUAGUAUUUGUAGUGUUUCUGCCCAAGUCAUACAUUUCCCAAUCCUUAAAUUUGCUUACAUGCCUUUCCCUUUGUGUCCUUUACUAUAACAGCUACUUGUAUUAUAUGUAUAAAAAGUGUGACAAAGAUAAGAAGAAUCAUUUUUUCUUCUUGACGAGAAGAAAAAAAAAUUUAAAUUUAUCCACGCCCACUAUAAUGCUCGCAAAUCGCGAAACUGUAAAGCAGGGGUACACAAACAUUGCUUGUGGUAGAGAAAUCUCCAAUACAAAUGCAAUGAAACACAAAUGGAUUGGUACAAAGGUUUUUUUUUAAUUUAAAGUCGUUACACAUUUUUAAAGGGGAGAAAAAAAAUUAAGAAUAAAAUUAAAUGCUUAUCCAAAUUAAAUUUUAUAGUCACACUUAUUAUUGUAUGAACAAAGAAAAUUUUCUGUAAAAAAUAAUUUCAUCGCUGGCCAAUCUUCCAGCACCGAAGACAAAAAUUCCACGAGACAUUUCUACUUUUAAUGAGUAUUUGGUGUUUUUGAGUAUUUCAUACAAACAUAUACUCUAUUUUCUAAAGGCUCUGGGGUAAAGCUAAAAAUACGAAAAUCCGAUGAUUGGAGAUAAAUAUAAUUGAAAAACACAUACACAGACCAAUAGCUACGGUCUAACUUUGUCUCAAAGUGACGUGACAAUCUUUUGCCAUUUGUGGGAGUUAGAGUGGUCGUGGCUCCGUUUUAAAAUAAACUUGAAAUAAAAUGA